UAAUCCCAGCAGUUUGGGAGGCUGAGGCGGGUGUCUCACCCGAGGUCAGGAGUUCGAGACCAGCCUGGCCAACAUGGUGAAACCCUGUCUCUACUAAUAAUACAAAAAUUAGCCAGGCAUGGUGGCGCACGCCUCUAAUCCCAGCUACUCGUGAGGCUGAGGCAUGAGAAUUGGUUGAACCUGGGAGGUGGUGGUUGAAUGAGCCAAGAUAGCACCAUUGCAUUCUAGCCUGGGCAACAAGAGUGAAAGUCCAUCUCAAAAAACAAAAAACAAAACAAAACAAAACAACAACAACAAAAAACAAAAAAUAUUUCUCUCUUGGCUUGAGUGGGUUAUGAAAUAAAUUUUUCUUUAAAAAAGGGUUUGCAGGUAUUUUGAGCUUUUGCAUAAUUGAGAGUGCCUUUCAAUUGGCAUCACACAUGAAUGAAAUUUGGCUUGUUGUGGAGUUUUCAGCUGAAGUUUUUCAUCUGCAAUAUUCUGUGGAUAAUCUUUUCUGAAAUUUAAUGUGUUAUGCAGAAGUAUGAUGCCAGCCUGAUUUUUUUUCCUUUGUAAGUAACUUGAUAAACACUCUUUUCAUCCACAGUCGGCACUGGAAGGACAAGCGCCACCCUGAGAGGGUUGGCUGAAACUGAGAGUUUUUGGUUCCUUAUGCUCACUCCAGCUUCCCUUUUCCUUUUGAGCUAUUAUUCAUCCCUAUGACCAACAGUGGCCUCUGAGGGAGAGGAGGAAUCUCUCUCCUUUACCCUCCAGACCAUAUAAACCCUUUUCUUAAAUCUCUAUCAAAGCUGAGUCUAAAGUGCAUUUUUAUUGUCUUUCCUCCAAUAAGACUAGGCUGGGCGUGGUGGCUCCUGCCUGUAACCCCAACACUUUGGGAAGCCGAGGUGGGUGGAUCACGAGGUCAGGAGUCUGAGACCAGCCUGGCCAACAUAGUGAAACCCCGUCUCUGCUAAAAAUACAAAAAUUAGCCAGGCGUGGUGGCAUGCGCCUGUAGUAUCAGCUACUCUGGAGGCUGAGGCAGGAGAAUUGCUUGAACUCGGGAGGUGGAGAUUGCAGUGAGCUGAGAUUGUGUCACUGGACUCCAGCAUGGGUGACAGAGCAAGACUGUCUCAAUAAUUAUAAUAAUAAUAAUAAUAAGGCUAUGCUAAAUUACGGUAAUCAUAUCACAUAUAAUAAUAAUUAUGAAGGUGAUGAUAGCUAAUAUUUGUGGAGUGCUUAUUAUGUGCCAGGUACUGUUUUAAGAUCUUGACUUGUAUUAACUCAUUAACUCCCCAACUUAGUUCCUAGCUUGCCUCCAUAUGGCAGAUGCCAUUAUCCCUUCUUUUUUUGGAAGUACUAGUGAGCAUAUUAUGACUCUUUGGAUUGCAGGCUCAAGAGAAUGAGGCUCAGAGAAAGGAAUUCCCUCUUGUUCCUGUUUAAGGCCCACCUUCCAAAUUCUCUUUUCUCAUCUUAGAAUCUUUCUCUUUUCAGCAGUUGACAUUUGAAAUAUCUAUUAUCUUCAAGGAAGCCUCACCUCCUAUUGAGAGAGGUAUGAUCCUACUCUCUGUUCACAAGCAGACAAGAAUGUGAAAACAUAGUUGUUAAACAGUGGUACAAAAACCAUCGCAGGGGUUGUUCCAUUACAUUUCUAAAUUAUAGAAUUAUGUCUUUAUACUUGCAAAUCAAAAUUUAUCUAGAUUUUUUCUGGUGCAUGAUGAGUCCCUUCCAAUUUGCAAUGUCAGGUCUUUUAUCAGCUCAAGAAAAUUUCCUUCUAUUGUAUCUUUAGAGCUUAUGGUUCACUUGUCCUGACUUUUCUUCAGGAGCAUUGAUAUCUAUGUAUUGGAUUUUUAUUGUCUUUCCUCCAUAUCUGUUAUUUCUUCUUGGAUAAUUUUCAUCUCUUUGUCCUUUCUUUUGGCAUUUGGGAGAAUUUCUGAUAUUGAUUCUUUACAAAAUUGGUUUGGUAUUAUGUAUUGCUAAUUCUGCUCUUUAUUCUUAAAUUCUGCUGUGGCACUGUUUCUUAACUCUGCCAGCUCCUUUUACAAUUCAAUCUAGUACCUUAUUAUCUUGUGUUUCAUCUGUUGUUUUAUAGAGUCCAUGUUUUCUUUAACCUUUUUUUUGAGAGUACAAAACAGAUUUUAAAUAAUUUUUAUUUUUAAGUAAAGAUUUUUUGAAAUUAUGCUAUUCUUUUACUUUUGGUCUUAAUUGUUUUCUUCUCAUGUCUCUGAAACCUUCCAGAGACUCCAGGUUAUUCUCUGUCUAGUUGUUGUUAUUUUCCCUAUCUAUUACUUAUCUAUAAAACUGAGAAUCUCAUCCAUCCCGGAAUACGUAUAGGACCUGACUAGACACAAUAAAAUUAUGUCAACAGAAUUAAUAAAAAUGUAAAGAAGAAUCCUCUUUGAGUAUUGGAUAAGUAAAUUUCUAAAAAAUAUUUAAAGGAAGACAAGUAAUCUAUAAUUCAAGAAAAAUAUAGAGUUGUCCUAGAAUUUAGUGCCUUAGGCUGAAGCAAUUAUGAAAAAAAAAAAAACUGGAGAAAGUUGACCUUCUGAUGUGAGAGAUCAUAGAGAGAUGAACAAUUGUAAUAUCAUAACGACAUUCCCUGUCAUAAUGUCUGCCUUAUAGAUAUCAUUGAGUUUUUUAAUUGUUAAGUUAUAUUCCACUGGCUCAGGUCACUUGUGUUUAUCUAAUCUCAUCAUUUUCUGUUGGUUACAUUGAUCUAACUCAAUUUUGGAGGUACCUCAUUGUUUCUUCCAUCUACCGAUCUGGCUAGUUUAAAGAUGAAAACUGCAGCAGAUGAGAAAGAAAAAUACAACGUGAAAAUUUGGCUGAAUUAGAAACACUAAACAGUUUUCAGGAAAGCUUAGUGUCAGAGAGAAACAGACACUGGAGGAAAAGAAAAAAAGAGGACACAAAAACUGUCCUGGCCGAAGGGGUCAUGACCACACAUUAUCCUCAGAUGACGGCUUCUAAUUUUUUCUUCUGCUUGAUCAAUUCUACAAAGACAAAAAAGUAUAAUAAAAAAGUUUUAAAUUUCAAAGUUUGAAAUGAUAUUAAAGUGGCACACAGUUUCCUUGGGAAAAUCAAGUGAGAACCACAAACUCUGAGACUAAUUCCAGCAAAAGUAUGUAAAUCAGUUUGAUCUAAUGGUACACGGUUAGCUUUGAAGGCCAAAAGGAACUGGUAUCUAAUUCUUAUUCCUCUCCUCACUAGUUUUGUGACUUAGGGAAAUUUUGCAAUCUUUCUGAGUUUGUUUUCUCAUCAGGAGCAGGAUAAUACCUAAGUAACAGCAUAGUUCAUAGAUUUUUUUUUUUUUUGAGAUGGAGUCUCGCUCUGUCACCCAGGCUGGAGUGCAGUGGCUCAAUCUCGGCUCACUGCAAGCUCUGCCUCCUGGGUUCACGCCAUUCUCCUGCCUCAGCCUCCUGAGUAGCUGGGACUACAGGCGCCCGCCACCACACCCAGCUAAUUUUUUGUAUUUUUAGUAGAGAUGGGGUUUCACCGUGUUAGCUAGGAUGGUCUCGAUCUCCUGACCUCAUGAGCCACCCGCCUCGGCCUCCCAAAGUGCUGGGAUUACAGGCGUGAGCCACCGCGUCCGGCCAGUUCAUAGAUUUAAAUAUGAUUGCAUGGCAGUGGACAUGAACCAUAAUUGUUAAGAAUAUAUUUACACCGAGCUCUCCUUUAUCCAUUAAAAUUGUAGACAAACAACAAUUGACAAAGAAUAGACAAAAUGUUCUAACAUAAAUAUUCUUCCUUUGUUUCUAGAAAGAAGUCACACAUACAGUAAAAAUAGAGAGAACCUAGUUCAUUUGGAACAAUCGUCCCCAAACCCUGAAACAGGUCUACUUUCUAACACCAGAGAUGUCUUGAAUGAGUCCCACCCCUGCAGUCCCCUCUCUCUGGAAUAGACUGAGGAAGUUUGCUCCAGCCUUAGAACAGCAUGGGCUGGCAAGCGUUCUCAGAGAGGCUCUCGACUUCAACUCUAAAGGCCCUGAGAAAUAUGUGCAACUGGGUCGGGUUAAGGCCAAGCUGAACCACAUGACCAGGGCUCUCACCGGCGCCAAAGUCAGUGGAAGGAUAUCAGUCCCCAGAGCUCUGUCACAGGCCAUGGCAUGCUCCAUGGAGGGGUGGUGAGCAUAUGAAUAACAAUCAGGAGAAACAUCGGUAAUGGACAAGAGGCAUAAAUAAACAAUGUCCGCCCUCCAGUAAAACCCAGGAAAGUUCUCAUUCAAAAAACUAUGUCUUGAAGAAAACAUAGGUACAAAUCUUUGUGACUUUGGAUUAGACAUUUUUUAAGUAGGCACAAACAACCCAAAAAUAGAUAAAUGGACUUCACUAAAAUAAAAAAACUUAUAUGCUUCAAAGGAUAAUGUCAAGGAAGUGAAGAGAUAAUCCACAUAAUGGGAGAACUAUUUCCAAAUUAUAUAUUUGACAUGGGUCUAGUACCUAGAGUAUAUAAGGAAUUCAUAUAACUGAGCAAUAAACGACAAACAACCAAAUUUAACAAUGGGAAAAAAUCUGUGAGUAGAGGUUUCUCUAAAGCAAACACACAAAUGGCCAAGAAGCACAUGCAAAGAUGUUCGAUGUUUUUCAUCAUUAGGAAAAUGUAAAUUUAAAUCAAAAUGAGAUACCACUUCACACCCACUAGUAUGACUUAAGAAAAAAUAAAGACAACACAUGUUUGGAAAGUUAUGGAGAAUAUGGAAUUCUCAUAUAUUACUAGUGGGAAUGUAAAAUGGCAUAGCCACUGAAGUUGGUAAACAGCGUGUAAGUUCCUCAAAAAGUUAAACAUAAAAGAAAGUUAAACAUAAAGUGACAUGAUGCAGCAAUUGCACUCCUAGGUUUAUAACCAAGAAAAUGAAAAACAGAUGUUCACUCAAAAACAUGUACAAAGCUGUUCAUAGCAGCAUUAUUCAUAAUAGUUAAAAAGUGGAAACAUCUUAAACCACCAUCAGUUGAUGAAUAAAUAAAAUGUGGUAUACUCAUAUGGUGGAAUAUCAUUUGGCCAUAAAAAAGUUGAAGUAUUGAUGCAGGCUAAAAAGGAUGAAACUUGAGAACAAAAUGCUGAGAAGCAGAUGCAAAAUGCCACACUUUGUUAUCCCAUAUAGAGGAAGUGCCCAGAACAAUUACAUUUUUAUAUAGAGAAAGUAGAUUAGUGGUUGUCAGAGACUGCAAGAAGGGGGGAAUUGGAGAGUGACUGCCCAUAGGUACAGGCAUGCUUUUUGGCAUUAUGAAAAUAUUCUGGAAUUAGGUAUUGGUGAUGGUUGCAGAACUUUUGGAAUAUGGUAAAAGACACUGAAAUAUAUGCUUAAAAUGGUGAUUUUUGUGAUAUAUGAAUUAUACUAUAGAAAUAAUAAUAACAGUAAUAAAGCAAGGUGUCUUUCCACAUCUCCAUGCCUUGUAUUUUCAUUAAAAAAAAAAAAAAAAAAAGCAUUUCAGGGCCAGGCUCAGUGGUUUACUCCUGUAAUCCCAGCACUUUUGGAGGCCUAGGUGGGAGGAUCGCUUGAGGCCAGAAGUUCAAAACCAGCCUGAGCAACAUAGCAAGACCUUGUCUCCAUGAGAAAUAAAAAAUUAGCCAGAAAUGGUGAUGUGUGCCUAGAGUUCCAACUACUUGGAAAGCUGAGGCAGGAGGAUCGCUUGAGCCUAGGAGUUCAAGGUUGCAGUGAUCUAUAAUCACCACUGCACUCCAGCCUGGGUGACAGAACAAGACCCUGUCUCAAAAAAAAAAAAAAAAAAAAAAAAAGGCAUCUCACUUUAAUAGUAAGAGGCCAGAAUAUGAUGCUGGCAGCAUGUUGUGAGGAAAUGUAUUAGAUGAAAGAAGUUAAAUUCCAGUUCUCCUCUUUUCAGAAAUGACUUAUAGGGGAGAGAAACAUGUACUUGGAAAGAAUUGACCCAGCUGAAUUGGAAAAUGUGGGAAGGGGAUGGGGAAGAGGCUGCUCCACCUGAGAUCCGGCUCCAGGACUUACAGCAAGGGGAACUUGGGCAAGUUACAGACUCUCUAUGUCUCAGUUUCUUCAUCAGCAAAACAGAACGAAUCAUCCCAUAAACUGUAAGGUCGAUGGUAUCAGCGGGUCCCCAAACUGACUGCACAUCUGAGUCAUGUUAACAAACACAUUCCAGGCCUCACCUGGGCCCUCUGAAUCAGAAUCCCUGCAAGGAGGACGAUGAACUUGUAUUUGCACUGACUUUCCCAGCUGUUUCUUACUCUGAUCAACUUGGGGGUAGGACCCAUUGAGCUGCAUCACAUCAUUCCAAAGCCAAAACACAACAGCAGGACAAGAAUAUUUUCAAGGCAGUCUCUAAAGCAGAGGAGAAACUGUUGAGGGAACCUAGAAGUAAAGGAGAUCUGGCUUGCUGGGCUCCAUUUGAACUUUGAGUACAACAGAGACAUGAGCCCUUUGGGACACAUACCUGAGGUAGUGACAGUCCAACUUUGGAAGAGUGGAAGCCCUGGUUUCAAAUUCAAGCAUGCUUUGAGUAGAAAUUAAAUUUACCUCUUUUUGCACAGCAACAUGGCCAAUCUUUCCUAAGCUGCUCAGCUUACAAGAAAAGGAAUCAUACUGCUAAGAAUUCAAACUUCUGCAGUCAUAGGGAGCCUUGGGAGGACCCCGAAUCACGGAUGGAAUUGGACAGUGCAUGGAGAUGGCUCAGCAGGAUGAGGGUAAAUGCAGGGGCAAGUCCAGGUCAUACUGAGAGACAAUGAGUGGCGCUGAUGGGGACAAAGAUAAAAUCAAAAGUUUGUGCUUCAUCUUCAAAAACUCAAGCUGAUAACAAACUUGGCCUGAUGAGAAAUAAUAAGUAUUUUUCUAUUUACAUGAGAAUUUAAUCUCAAAACAGAAAUCAGAAAAAUAUGAAGUCCAGGGCAUAAAACCUAAAACUAUUGCUCAUAUUUAUUCUUUCUAAAUAGAGCAAAGUGUAAAAUCUUCUCCAUAAGACAUACAUUGUGGUUAUAAAAAGGCAAAAGUCUUAGUGAGAAUCAUUGGUAUUCCAUAGAAGAGUGAAUUAAACACAGCCAAGGGAAGACCCACGUCUCAUACUUCUCUUGUAUAUUCCAAAGUUCCAGGGAAAUUCCAGGUGAUAGAGGUUAUUUCCCAUACUGUUAAAGCAAGGUUUCAGACACUUCUGAAUUUUGGUCCCAGUACUCUAGAAGGGCACACCUCUGUCCUGGAAAAUAAUACAGGAACGAAUACUCUUCCCGUGACCCAUUCUGGUCAUUCUUCCAGCAUCACAAAAACCAAAAAAUGGAAAUAUGGCCAAAUACAUGAUUAGCUGUCCCUCAUCUUCAGGUUUCUUAUCUGUUACUUAUAGAUAAUAGCAUUACCUUAAGGAUUAUGAUGAAGAUACAAUGUCCAAAUAUAAACACAGUUUUGAGCAAAAUGCCUUGUACGAAUUGGUCAAUGAAUAAUUACUAAAUAUGUGAAUAUUUACUGGAUUGUAUGGAUCCUAUGAAUAAUUACUGAAUAAUUAUUGUGAUUGCUUUUAUUGGCAGUGCUGAAAACUCAUCCCUUUGUGACCUCAAGUAACCCAUGACACUUUGUGAACCUGCAGUUUUUUCAUUUAGAAACUUGACAGAUUUUCAUUCUGACACAGAAUGUCAGGUCUCCCAGACCCUAGAAAAUACAUUGACUUAAAGCCUUUGGUACAUCUCAAAGCAGUAUCCUUACAGUGUCACUGGAAGAUGGUGCAGGCUGCAGAGAGGGAUGCUUUCAAAUGGGAUUAACCAGUCCUCCUUCCUUCACUUCCACAUGAAUGCUGGGCAGCCCAGGGUCAACCCACUGCACCCUCAACUCAGGCAAGUCCAGCAGCCAAUCUUAGGAGACCUGGGCUACAGAACAGUCUCUCAAGUUCCAGGCUCACAAAACCUAGGUGGGGAUGAAAGCUGAGAAAGCGAAGAGGUGGUUCAGGGGAUCACUCUUUCCUACUUGUUCCUCUCACCUCAAACUUACCUUCUACUGCACAGCAACACUGAGGAUCGCCAACCAACCCUGACCAUAACCUUGAUCUUGCCAUGUUCUGUUAGUGGAAUGCAACCCAAAAUCAAUGGUGUUAGGUCAUCUCAACAAAAUAUAUAUCAAACCAUAUUACAUAAGAACUGCUCGUGGCCCUGUUCUUUUCAGUAUAUGGGAAAACAAAAUGGAAACAACAAAAUAGCAUCAGGUUUACAAAACUUCCCAAGAUAGAUGGUCACACAUGUUUUCAGGAGACCUCUAUAUAAAUGACUUUGAUCACUUGAUACCUUGAAAAGAGGUCUUGUGGCACUAGAAUGACAUCUAUAAGUGACAAGUAUAAAAUGUAGUGCUCAGUGACAUUAAAAAACAAAUCAACCCACAUAGAGGAAGAGCUUUGGACGUAGGGAUGUCAAACUGGUCUAGAAUGUAAUGAAAACCCAAGAAGGUGCCCCAGUAAGAAAGAAGAAAUCAGUCUAACAAUGGGAUGCAGCAGCAAGAAUACUGAGACAGGAAAGAAAACAUUUUAAAAAAAUGAAUUAUUCAUUCACUUUCUAGUGGAUACAGAAAAAACUGCAGAAGACCCGGAGGAUAUCAGGGCAGGCUAAAAGUUUGAUAUCUUACACCUGUGGAAAAGCCUUAAGCUCUGUUUUAGCUGAGAGCAGGUGGGGUGACUUCAUGACUACCAUUAAGAAAAUAUAACCUGUUGGGAAACUGUUUCUGCCUUGAUGAUGUUGUACAGACAAGAGAUAAACAGUGAGGAAUAUGCUUAGAUGUAUUGGGAAAGACACGGGUCUGUGGCAUUGUCACAAGGGUACACGAAUACUGAGAGUGAAUGCUGAAGGAAUGAUCCCCAUUGGUGGUGACCCUCAGGUGAGACUAGGGUGACUGUGUUUCAGCAAAGCCUGGGCAAUUGGAAUGCAGGGCUCCUAAGAUUCCAUGACACCCCCACCUUCUAAUUCUGUUAUUGCAACUGCAGACGGUUACCUGGCACGCUGGCCACAUUCUACCUCACUCUUAUCAGAGUCUGAGCUACUGGCAGUGCUUUCAGCUCUGAGUUCAGGCACCUCGAACCUUGUUUUUGCGGUGAAGAAUCCUAAAGUGCUGUGGGGAGUGAUCACAUUUUUCACAACAUCCCUGACUCCACCUCUUCUGCCACAAACGUCAGCAUGGUGGUAUCAGCCGGCCCUUUGUCCAGCGAGAAGGCAGAGAUGAACAUUCUAGAAAUCAAUGAGAAAUUGCGCCCCCAGCUGGCAGAGAAGAAACAGCAGUUCAGAAGCCUCAAAGAGAAAUGUUUUGUAACUCAACUGGCCGGCUUCCUGGCCAACGGACAGAAGAAAUACAAAUAUGAAGAGUGCGAAGACCUCAUAAAAUCUAUGCUGAGGAAUGAGCGACGACAGUUCAAGGAGGAGAAGCUUGCGGAGCAGCUCAAGCAAGCUGAGGAGCUCAGGCAAUAUAAAGUCCUGGUUCACUCUCAGGAACGAGAGCUGACCCAGUUAAGGGAAAAGUUACGGGAAGGGAGAGAUGCCUCCCGCUCAUUGAAUCAGCAUCUCCAGGCCCUCCUCACUCCGGAUGAGCCGGACAAGUCCCAGGGGCAGGACCUCCAAGAACAGCUGGCUGAGGGGUGUAGACUGGCACAGCACUUCGUCCAAAAGCUCAGCCCAGAAAAUGACAACGAUGACGAUGAAGAUGUUCAAGUUGAGGUGGCUGAGAAAGUGCAGAAAUCGUCUGCCCCCAGGGAGAUGCAGAAGGCUGAAGAAAAGGAAGUCCCUGAGGACUCACUGGAGGAAUGUGCCAUCACUUGUUCAAAUAGCCAUGGCCCUUAUGACUCUAACCAGCCACAUAGGAAAACCAAAAUCACAUUUGAGGAAGACAAAGUCGACUCAACUCUCAUUGGCUCAUCCUCUCAUGUUGAAUGGGAGGAUGCUGUACACAUUAUUCCAGAAAAUGAAAGUGAUGAUGAGGAAGAGGAAGAAAAAGGGCCAGUGUCUCCCAGGAAUCUGCAGGAGUCUGAAGAGGAGGAAGUCCCCCAGGAGUCCUGGGAUGAAGGUUAUUCGACUCUCUCAAUUCCUCCUGAAAUGUUGGCCUCGUACCAGUCUUACAGCAGCACAUUUCACUCAUUAGAGGAACAGCAAGUCUGCAUGGCUGUUGACAUAGGCAGACAUCGGUGGGAUCAAGUGAAAAAGGAGGACCAAGAGGCAACAGGUCCCAGGCUCAGCAGAGAGCUGCUGGAUAAGAAAGAGCCUGAAGUCUUGCAGGACUCACUGGAUAGAUGUUAUUCAACUCCUUCAGUUUAUCUUGGACUGACUGACUCAUGCCAGCCCUACAGAAGUGCCUUUUACGUAUUGGAGCAACAGCGUGUUGGCUUGGCUGUUGACAUGGAUGAAAUUGAAAAGUACCAAGAAGUGGAAGAAGACCAAGACCCAUCAUGCCCCAGGCUCAACAGCAGGCUGAUGGAAGUGGAAGAGCCUGAAGUCUUACAGGACUCACUGGAUAGAUGUUAUUCGACUCCAUCAAUCUACUUUGAACUACCUGACUUAUUCCAGCACUACAGAAGUGUGUUUUACUCAUUUGAGGAACAGCACAUCAGCUUCGCCCUUUACGUGGACAAUAGGUUUUUUACUUUGACGGUGACAAGGCUCCACCUGGUCUUCCAGAUGGGAGUCAUAUUCCCACAAUAAGCAGCCCUUACUAAGCAGAGAGAUGUCAUUCCUGCAGGCAGGACCUAUAGGCACAUGAAGAUUUGAAUGAAACUAUAGUUCCAUUUGGAAGCCCAGACAUAGGAUGGGUCAGUGGGCAUGGCUCUAUUCCUAUUCUCAGACCAUGCCAGUGGCAACCUGUGCUCAGUCUGAAGACAAUGGACCCAAGUUAGGUGUGACACGUUCACAUAACUGUGCAGCACAUGCUGGGAGUGAUCAGUCAGACAUUUUAAUUUGAGCCACGUAUCUCUGGGUAGCUACAAAGUUCCUCAGGGAUUUCAUUUUGCAGGCAUGUCUCUGAGCUUCUAUACCUGCUCAAGGUCAGUGUCAUCUUUGUGUUUAGCUCAUCCAAAGGUGUUACCCUGGUUUCAAUGAACCUAACCUCAUUCUUUGUGUCUUCAGUGUUGGCUUGUUUUAGCUGAUCCAUCUGUAACACAGGAGGGAUCCUUGGCUGAGGAUUGUAUUUCAGAACCACCAACUGCUCUUGACAAUUGUUAACCCGCUAGGCUCCUUUGGUUAGAGAAGCCACAGUCCUUCAGCCUCCAAUUGGUGUCAGUACUUAGGAAGACCACAGCUAGAUGGACAAACAGCAUUGGGAGGCCUUAGCCCUGCUCCUCUCAAUUCCAUCCUGUAGAGAACAGGAGUCAGGAGCCGCUGGCAGGAGACAGCAUGUCACCCAGGACUCGGCCGGUGCAGAAUAUGAACAAUGCCAUGUUCUUGCAGAAAACGCUUAGCCUGAGUUUCGUAGGAGGUAAUCACCAGACAACUGCAGAAUGUAGAACACUGAGCAGGACAACCGACCUGUCUCCUUCACAUAGUCCAUAUCACCACAAAUCACACAGCAAAAAGGAGAAGAGAUAUUUUGGGUUCAAGAAAAGUAAAAAGAUAAUGUAGCUGCAUUUCUUUAGUUAUUUUGAACCCCAAAUAUUUCCUCAUCUUUUUGUUGUUGUCAUGGAUGGUGGUGACAUGGACUUGUUUAUAGAGGACAGAUCAGCUGUCUGGCUCAAUGAUCUACAUUCUGAAGUUGUCUGAAAAUGUCUUCAUGAUUAAAUUCAGCCUAAACGUUUUGCCAGGAACACUGCAGAGACAAUGCUGUGAAUUUCCAACCUCAGCCCAUCUGCGGGCAGAGAAGGUCUAGUUUGUCCAUCACCAUUAUGAUAUCAGGACUGGUUACUUGGUUAAGGAGGGGUCUAGGAGAUCUGUCCCUUUUAGAGACACCUUACUUAUAAUGAAGUACUUGGGAAAGCGGUUUUCAAGAGUAUAAAUAUCCUGUAUUCUAAUGAUCAUCCUCUAAACAUUUUAUCAUUUAUUAAUCCUCCCUUCCUGUGUCUAUUAUUAUAUUCAUAUCUCUACACUGGAAAUUUUGGGUCUCAAUUUUUACUGUGCCUUUGUUUUUACUAGUGUCUGCUGUUGCAAAAAGAAGAAAACAUUCUCUGCCUGAGUUUUAAUUUUUGUCCGAAGUUAAUUUUAAUCUAUACAAUUAAAACCUUUUGCCUAUCACUCUGGACUUUUGGAUUGUUUUUUACAUUCAGUGUUAUAAUAUUUGAUUAUGCUGAUUGGUUUUGGUGGGUACUGAUGCGAAUUAAUAAAAACAUUUCAUUUCCAUGUU